AUGCCUUCAGUUCUCCUCUUCGGCGCGACCGGUCUCAUUGGCUCCCGCCUUGCGGUUGAAGUCAAGAAGGCACACCCUGACUGGCCCCUGACUGUGUUCCUGCGCAACACCAACGUCGAUGAAUGGUUCAGGUCGGUUGCCAAAGCAGACCGUAUUGUGCAUGGCUCGAUCUCGGACACGGAGCUCGUCCGUUCUCUGAGCAAGGAGCAUGAUUUGGUCAUCAACGCCAUCACCUCAUUCGACGGUGGCUUCAUCGCCAAUGUCAUCUCCGGCAUGGAAGAGCGAACCCAGGAUUCAAAGGGGACCCUCGUCCAUGUCUCGGGCACGGGGAAUUUCAUCGAUUAUGGAAAGACCGGCAAUUUCAACCCUGCCAGCAAAGUUUGGAGUGAUGACAAAGAGGAAGAUAUUCGGCAGAUAACAAGAACCAUGUUCAACGGGGCUACGGAUGUUCCCGUACUCGAGGCAGGGGAACGGGGCAAGAUCAUCACUUACAUUGUGUGCUUUGCAAUGACAUACGGACCCAACAUCGGCCCGGUCCCAAACCUGGGUGUUGCGUACAACAUCCUCACGUCCAAUGCGAAACAGCUAGGCUACGCGCCCUAUGUCGGUGAUGGCACAGCCGUCGCAAGCACAGUCCAUAUCGCCGAUGCUAUCCCGUUUCUCAACAAGAUAGUAGGGAUAGCUGGAACCGAUACGCCCACAGGUAGCGCAUACUCCCGAUACUACAUCCUUCACGGCGAAAGGGUCACUUGGAAGGACAUGAGCACUGCUUUGGCGAAGGUUUUGCAUAGAAAGGGCGACUUAUCCUCGCCAGAGCCGAAAAGAGUGCCAUCUGCAGAGGCCGGGGCGGGGGAAAUAGGUGCUCUCGUGGCGUCGAAUAUGCUUGUUCAGGGUGAUCGUGCCGCCAGACUGGGUUUCAAGGCCACGCACCCGUCGAUCCUGGUCCAGAUGCAGGAGGACCUGGCGUAG